CUGCUUCUGCUUCGAGCAUGUGCUGAACUUUCAGUCUCAACUCAUUCUCUCUGCGGUCCGUGUGAACGCGGGGGAAAAUCGCUUUAUCGGCGGAUUUGGUGCUGGCUUUAUUGCACGCAGAUAUCCUGUAGUGUAGACUGUCAUUUUGUCUAUGGGUUGCAUCUUAAAUCAUUUGCACUUGAGCGGGUAAAUCUCACUCCGAAUCAAUCGGGUGGAAUAGAAAGGAAAGGAUUUUGCUUGGCAUGGAACAUGUAACAUGAGCUCGCGCUCGUGCAGACAAAGCCAUCCCGUUUACUGUCCUCUAUUCUCCUGAGAUCCAGCAUGCUGUGUGUGCUAAUCCUCUAACUGCCAAUUAUAUCGCCUGUUAUAUAUUUAUAACUGUCUAUCUUUCCAAUUUCCGUCUAAUAAGACUUCAGAGUGUCCCGAAACCAUUGCACUAUGUGCAGUUUCAGCGUGCAGCAUCCUGUUUCACACACAGGUAGCCAAGCAGGUAGGUCCAGCCCAGGCUGUGUGUGUGUGCGCGCGCGCGCGCGCGUGUGUGUGUACUGGGAACUGAAGCACACAGAUCAUAGUGGGAUGGGUUUUUAGAGCCUGGGAAUGUUGCAGUGCACUGACAUGAAUUAACAGCAAAUAAAUUUUAUUACCCAUGUCCCAGAAUGGAAAGUAAUGCUGCUAGUGUGAAGAGGUCAUGAGCAUAAAAAUAGAGGAGACUGAUAUGGUGCCACCUUAGAACCUCAUGGGAGUCAGCCAAAUGCUUGGCGAUGGCUCUUCUUGCCUAACCCUGAUUACUUCUGCUGGAGGUUCGAGAGGUGGGGGGACUUGUAUACCACUCUCCGCACACUAGUUUUUAGCUCUGCCUGCACUGAUCUCUCUCUGUCAGACUCUACAGGGACUGCCCUGUUACCACAAAGGCGACCGUGAAUCAGGCACGAUCUCUCAAUUCCUUCAGGCGAGCUCUGCUCCUGAAGUUUACUUGAUGUUGAAUCUGUCGCUUAAGGCUCCAAGGGCUCGUCUAACAAAACCUCACAAUAGCUCCAGCGCUCUUUUGUGCAUCUAAAUGAACACCCUGUGUGCAUGAGGAAAUGCAAUAGGCAUGGCUGUUUUGUCCUUGACUUCGAGUGUGACUGCAGUCCAGGCACUAACUUCCAGAGAAGGCAGCUGAGGAAGCAAGCUCCUCAGUGGGCCGUAAUGACGAGGAGACAAGUGAAGAAGUGAUAAGGAAGGAAGGAGGGAGGAAGAAGAUGGGAGCCAAUGUUUCCAGCUACCCACACUCAUGCUCUCCACGCUUUGGUGGAAACACACAGGCUCAGCAGACAUUUAUUGGAACGUCAUUGUACUCACAGCAGAGUUACACCUGGGAGCCAAAGCUCUACAGCAUGGAGCAUGGCGGUCACGACCGCGUUCCCGACCGGAAGAAGAGGAGCUCUGGUCUGGCCACACUCAAGCGCCGCUUCAUCCGCCGCCGCAGGGCAAGCCGUUCAGCCGACCAUGCCCGGCAUAUGCGUGAAUUGCUCUCAGGCUGGCAUGUUUGUGAUGCCAAUGCCCUAGUUGAGGAGUAUGAGGGCACAGCUGCCCUCAAAGAGCUGAGCCUGGCCACGAGCCUGGCCCGGCCUGAAGCUGCCACUCUGCGAUCCUGCAUGGCCACCCUCUUCCAGCACAAACAUUGUGCCGAUGUGGACCUGAUCUUUCAGGACGCCUGCUUCCCUGCCCACCGUGCCAUCCUGGCUGCCCGCUGCCCUUUCUUCAAGAGCUUGCUAUCAUCCACAGGCUCAGCCAGUUCAAGCUACAAUGGACCAGAGGUGCUACUUGAUGUGGGCAUGGCAGGAAUGGAUGUCAUGUUGUUCUCUGCCCUGCUACAUUUCUUGUACACUGGUGAGCUGGGAGGCGCCAACAGAGAGGCGGAAACUCGGCUGAGGAACGUGGAUGUCCUCAGGCAGCUUAGUGAGGAGUUUGGCAUGCCUAACCCUCUGGAGGAAGACAUGAGGAUGCUGUUUCACUCCAUGUGCUACUACGACUCUGUACUCAGCUUCUGCUCUGAGCCUCAGAGUGUAGAAGCUUGUGAUGCUGUAGGAGGGAUUAGUGGUGGAGGGAUUGCUGGAGUUAGCAUUGUAAAAAGUGACCAGUCAGCAUCCCCAGAGGAGGACCUGAGAGCCCACAAGGCCGUGCUCUCGGCACGCUCUCCUUUCUUCCGGAACCUUCUGCAGCGCCGUGUCCGAACUGGUGAAGAGCUAACAGAGAGAACAUUACAAACACCUACACUCAUUGUCCUGGACGAGUCAAUCAUCCCACGGAAGUAUGCCCGCGUCAUCCUGCACUGCAUGUACACUGAUGUUGUAGACCUAGCACUAGUGAUGCGUGGCAGUCCCUCAAUGGGCAGUCUGAGUGAGACACAGUCCCUGGGGAUGAGUAACACUGCUGGCAAGGGUGCUGUCCCCACACGCACAGAGGAAGCCAUGGAGCUCUACCACAUUGCCCUGUUUCUGGAAUUCAGUAUGCUGGCACAAGGCUGUGAGGAUAUCAUUGUGGAGAGCAUCUCUUUGGAGUCACUGAUCUCCAUUCUGAAGUGGAGUUCUCAGCCUUAUGGCUCAAAAUGGGUCCACAGACAGGCCAUGCAUUUCCUUUGUGAGGAGUUCAGCCAGGUCAUGACCUCAGAUGUGCUCUAUGAGCUCACCAAGGAUCAACUGCUUAUAGCCAUUCAGUCAGACUAUCUGCAGGCGAGCGAGCAGGACAUUUUGAAGUAUGUGAUUAAGUGGGGCGAGCACCAGCUCAUUAGGAGGAUGGCUGACCGAGAGCCCAAUCUACUGAGCAGUACGGCUCACAGUGUGAAUAAGCGUGGAGUGAAGAGAAGAGAUCUGGAUAUAGAAGAACUGAAGGAGAUUUUGUCUCCUCUGCUGCCUUACAUCCGCAUGGAACACAUUCUCCCAGCCAAUAGUGACGUCCUCACUGACGCAAUGAAGCGUGGCUUGAUCAGCACUCCUCCAUCAGACAUGCUGCCCACAGCAGAGGGAGGCAAAGCAAAUGCCUGGCUUAGGCAGAAAAACACAGGCAUUUACGUGCGUCCACGUCUCUUCUCUCCCUAUGUGGACGAGGCAAAGUCGGUCCUUGAGGAGAUGAUGGUGGAACAGACAGAUCUGGUACGACUGAGAAUGGUGCGCAUGUCUAAUGUGCCAGACACCCUGUACAUGGUCAAUAACGCAGUGCCCCAGUGCUGUCACAUCAUAAACCACCAGCAAAUCACUGGCAACCAAACCACUGCCCCGUCUGUUGUGGCCAACGAGAUACCAGUGCCCAGCUUGGCAGUGGUUAGAGAGAUGAUUUCCAGGCUACAGGAGCUCAGGCACACAGAUCAGGUCCAGAGAGCCUAUGCUCUGAACUGUGGGGAGGGAGCCACAGUGAGCUAUGAGCUUCAGCUCCGUGUUCUCAGAGAGUUUGGCCUACCGGACGGAGCCGCAGAGUUGCUGCAGAACCCGCACAAGUUCUUUCCGGAGGAGCGUUUUGGAGAUGAGAGUCCUCUCCUUAGUCUGAGAGCAGUUGGCCGUUGCAGAGUGAAUAGCUCCCCUGCUAUGGACACCAUGUUUACAGAAUUGGAGAGUUUUGGUAGUCUUAACCCUCCUCUCCCUCCUCCACCUCCCCCAUAUCAUGCCAUGUCAGCUCAGGCCCAGCACAGAGUAGCCUGGGGCUCGAGGGUGGCAGUGCCGCCCCCCUCUCGCUCCUUCUCCUACCCCUGUAACCACACACUGCUCCAGCAGAGAGGCUCCUCCAUGCCCAAAUCCAGCAACCCAGCACACCAGGCUCCCGACUACAGCAUGGCUCAGAGCAUGGGGAAAACACUUAACGCAGAGUCAUGUGGGAGUCUGGAACCUCUGAUUAGUGAUUAUAUGCCAGACAUCGCUCUCGGAGUGUCCACUAUGACUCUGUCGGAGCAUGGCAAAGCUCAGGACACCACUCUUCAUUCUCUUCCCAACAUGAGCUCUACUGUCCCCCACUACCCACCUGGACCGUGCCCCAGCGGACGAUAUUCUCUCACUCAACUUUCCCACAAGAGACAUGUCUCUAAACAAAAAGCAGAGCCUCCAUCUGAAUAUCCAGACCUUUAUGACUUGCCUAAUCAAGACAGUCUUGUAUCUAGCCUUCCUCCUCAGGCCACCUACACGGGUCCAGACUUGUACGGACAGCGCAGAGGGCCAUGCAAUAACAUAACCCUCUCAUGUCUCCCUGACACUUUGUCAGUUCACACCCAGGCAAGGCUAGGACAGCCAUCUGACUCCCUUCAUUUGGAUGUCUUGGGUCAAAGGUUGGAUUUGGACCAUGCCUCCUCUGGAGUAUCCUCAGUAGGGGGAGCAUUUGUGCCCAGUGGGCGCUCAAUAAAUGACUCGGACCUGACAUGUGGUCUUGGACCUUCAAAAGGAGGUGCCGAGUCGUAUGAGGAGCACAGCUCAGUUCCAGAUGGGACAGGGGACAUAAGGGAGGCCUCUGGAGGAGCUGGACACCACAGGAACGGUAGUGAAGAAACAGGAAUAGGCCGGGAUCACAGGUCACCCAAUAAGCCAGAGUACCAGUAUAAGAAAUCUGCACUUUAAAUCCGAUAAUGAAAAGUCAUGGACUUCGACAAAGACUGUUAAAACCUAACUUUAUUAAACAAGUGCUGAGUUUCAGUGUAGUCUUGCAGGUAGCUAUAUUUCCCUUCCAUUACAGCUUGUUAGAAAGGACUAGAAAGGAAUCAGUCCUUUCAGAAAGUUGUGGAAUUUUUGGCAGGAGUUGCUUAACAGUGAAUGGAUUUUCAUAAGAGUUUGCAUUUGUGUAUGUAGUAAUGCAGAGGGUUUUGUGUCUCUUCUUUAUUUUAAUGGAUUCUCCUGGAUACCAAAAUUCAUUAGAGUCUGUGACUAAUAUAUUAACUGAUGAAGGUAACAUCAAUAAAAUAUGCCUCCUGUUAAAAAUGGGAAUCAAAUCAGCUCCUAGAUGAAUGUCAAAAAAAAAAUUUGCCAGUCAAAAAUUUGGACACCUACUCAUAGGGUUUUCUCCAUCUUGUUUAUACUAUUUUACAAUAAUAAUGAAGACAUCGACACUAAGUAAUAACACAUUGAAUUAUACAGUACCCAAGAAAAGUGUUAGACAAAUCAAAACUAGUUUAUAUUUUAUAUUUUAAAAUUCUUAACAGUAUUCCUGAUUCAGCAUUGUGCAUUCUUGGCAAAUUUCACAACUAGUUUCGUGAGGGAGAUUCCCAAAUAAGCUGAGCAUUUCUUCUUGUAGGCUGAUUUCUUUUAAAUGGAAACUUGUUUGGGGAAACAUCACUUUAAUUAAAAAUAACUUGUUUAGGGGUAAAAAGAACAUUUAAAAUACAUUU